AACAAUAUUGUCAUCAUCUAUUUUGUCUUCCAAAAUCUUUGUCACAAAUUCCCUUCUUUUACAAAUUCUUUCCAACAUAUCCAUACUUACACAUAUUUUCAUUCUGACAGUUGACCUAAUUUCUACUCCCACACACAAGUUAUUUAUACCAAACUCCACCUCAUAAUUAUAUAUAUACAUAUAACCCACAACCCAUUUCUCAUCUCCGAUCAACAAAUCGAAAUGGGCAAUUCUUUCGGCUGCUCAGCCUCCGGCGAACGGCUGGUAUCGGCGGCGCGUGAUGGUGAUUUUGUAGAAGCAAAAAUGUUACUUGAUUGUAAUCCAUGUUUAGCUAAAUAUUCAACUUUUGGUGGGCUUAAUUCCCCUCUUCAUUUUGCAGCUGCUAAAGGCCAUAAUGAUAUUGUCGCAUUGUUGCUUGAUAAUGGAGCUGAUGUCAAUUCUAGGAAUUAUUGCGGUCAGACGGCGUUGAUGCAAGCUUGUAGAUAUGGGCAUUGGGAAGUUGUUCAAACCCUUUUGCUGUUUAGAUGCAAUGUUACCAGGGCCGACUAUCUUAGUGGAAGAACUGCUCUGCAUUUUGCUGCUGUGAAUGGACAUGUACGUUGCAUACGACUUGUUGUGGCUGAUUUUGUGCCCAGUGCUCCUUUUGAAGUUCUAGAUGCACACGCAAAUGGUGAUGGAGGCAACACCCCUAAAAAUAAAUUUGACCAAAGCGCACUGGUCAAAUUUGUAAAUAAAGCUGCUGAUGGUGGUAUAACGGCUCUUCAUAUGGCUGCAUUGAAUGGGUAUGCUGAUUGUGUACAGCUGCUUCUGGAUCUGCAUGCAAAUACGUCAUCGGUGACUUUCCAUUAUGGAACGUCAAUGGAUUUGAUAGGAGCUGGAAGCACUCCAUUACAUUAUGCUGCUUGUGGUGGAAAUUUAAAAUGUACUCAGAUUCUACUUGCAAGAGGUGCUAGUCGUUUGACAUUAAAUUGCACGGGGUGGCUUCCUCUUGAUGUGGCGAGAACGUGGGGCCGUCAUUGGCUUGAACCAUUAUUGGCACCAAAUUCUGACCUGGCAUUACCCUUGUUCCCCCCAUCUAAUUAUUUAUCAUUGCCCCUCAUGAGUGUACUUAAUAUAGCUAGAGAGUGUGGUUUGCAGUCCCCAGCAACCCUUCCUGAUGAUACUGAUCUAUGUGCUGUCUGCCUGGAGAGAGCGUGCACAGUUGCCGCUGAAGGUUGCAGGCAUGAACUAUGUGUGAGAUGUGCCCUUUACUUAUGCUCAACAAGUAAUAACCCUUCUGAAUUAUUAGGCCCACCUGGAUCCAUUCCAUGCCCUUUGUGCCGACAUGGCAUCAUUUCAUUCACCAGAUUACCAGGCUCUCCCGCAAAAGAAAUCAAAUUACAUAUUUCCCUUGGUUUCUGUACCCCAUGCAUGCUUCACCCUCGGGAACCAAACGAGUCUACACCCGCUAACACCCCUGAGAUCAGCAAAAACCGGGUUGCUUCUGUUUCUCCAGAAUUAUUCUGCCCAGUUACAUGUAGCCCAUUUCCUUCAGUUGCCCUUCCUUUAUGUACCUGCAGUGAUGGCUCAUGCCCAUCUUCUGAAACACGAGAUGAUGAGGUUCAUGAUGGUUCACCAUCCCAUCGAACCACCUCUGGUGAGGAUGGCAAAUUGGGUGCGCUGAGGCUCGAGAAAACUAGCUGUUCAAGCAUGUUUUGGGGCAGGAGGAGCUGCAGCAGGGAGCAACAGUGCAAUUCCGAGAUCAAUGCUUGAUUGAUGAUAAAAUUUUAAUUUAUUAUGGAUCACUACAGGUAUCAUUUCUUGAAAAAGGAAGUGCUAUUGUGAAAGCAAUAAUAGUGGUUUUGCUGGAAUAGUUUAUGAUAUAUUAUGCAGGUACGUCAAUUAGCGUUGUGAAAGUUUGUUACGAUUGACACUUGGCUAUGGAACUCCACGUUUCCAUCUUGGUAAUGUUAUGGGAUUUGAUGUUAGGAUGUUUUAGGGGAAAAGGUUUGUAAAAUAGAAGAAAAAGAAAAAGACUUGGUGUUUGUAUAUUGUGUAUGGUGGUAGGACACAUUGGCAUUUGGUCAUUGUUUUAAUCUGAUUAGUGCUGUAUUAACAUAACUUGUUCAAAAUCAGCCAAUCCAUUUUUACAUGA